AUGGUCGUGGCGCCAGCGGUAUACCACCUCAAGGCAAACAAAUAUGCACCCAACAACGACCACCCAGUCCUGAUAUACCGGGACUGCCUCCCACUCCCGUUCACAGAAGAAAAGACCACUGAAUUUCUGGAGUCCCAUGCCUGGGUUAAGAAAGGGACAUGGGGUCAUAUCCCUGUACGGCAUUUCCAUCCAAACACGCAUGAAUGCUAUGGCGUCUUUCGAGGCGAAUCCACGAUCCUCAUAGGCUGCGGGACACACGACUCAGAGGAUGACGGGACCAAGAUCGAUGUCUCCGUUGGGGAUGUUAUUGUGCUGCCCGCCGGGACUGGCCACUGCAAUCUACAAAGCAGUGAAGACUAUCAAUACGUUGGUGUCUACCCUGAGGGUGCCCCACAAUGGCGGAAUGAGCUUGGGAAGGAGCCGGUGAAUCUUGAAGAAUUCCGAAAGGAGAUCACUUCGGUCGCACUACCGAGCCAGGACCCUGUCAAUGGUGCUGGUGGGCCGCUGUUGAGCCUCUGGUCUAAGUGA